AUGUCAGGCAAACACGGAAAUCAGAUUCAAGCUCGAGACGAUUUCUACUUUUCGUUUUUAUUACUGACAUUGUGGAGAAGACAGUUUCACAAAUGUUCAGAUGGUGUUUGUGUCGAUUCCACUAGUUGGAUAUGUGAAUGCUUCAGUCCUUUAAAAACAACUCAUUCGAUAGAAUGCUGCGGAGACAAUAUUAUACGAUUGGAAGGGACUGGUGAGACAAUACUCUACGAGCAAAUUAAUUACACAUCAUGUGCCCCAUCAAAAGGAGACUCUUCCUGUUUAGUCAAAGGGGAAAAUAAUUUUAAAGUAAAUUAUGAAGAUAAAUUAAACAUCUAUAACAGUUGUAGUGGAAAGAAACGAUGUAAUGUAACAGUAAAUCCAUCAAGAAAUAUGAAGAUUCAGAUUCCGGUGGCUUGUAAACCAGCACCAACGAAAUACACUUUGUCAGAGACAUCAUCUAAAAUUCUUUCAAUAAUUUACAUCGCUGCCAAUGAUUACAUUGGAAAGGAGAUUACUUACAGUUGUGCUGCCAAAGCGGCAGCGUUGUUCCUGGAGGUUUUCUAUAUACAUCUUGGUCCCAGAUCUUGUAAAAAAGUGAAGAUGUACUCGCUAGGGGAGCGAACAUAUGGAUUGGGCUGUACAGACUCCGGGAUGACGAUGUUUUAUAAAGAUAUUGGAAGUAUCGGUACAGAGUUUAGUUUAGAAAUAAAGGAUCUGAAAUUGGAAAAAAAUGAAGUUAUAUAUCUAAAACUUGCCAGCGGGUCGAACAUAAAUGUAGGCCUACAUUGCCAUGGCAGCCACAAAGAUGUAACAGAGACACCUAACACACCGAGUACUACUGAAAAUCCCAAGAUGGUUGAUAAAGAUGAAGAUGAAACCAACCCCUACAUCAUAUUUGGUGGUAUUUUAGCUGCUGUGAUUGUCAUUAAUAUUGUCUGUAUUGGAGUCUACUGUUACAUCAGAAAUCGGCAAAGACCGAAAGAGACAACCACCAAUGAGGCAAUGGCAAACCGGAAGAGACACGACAGUGACAACUCACACUACAAUUACAUUGAUUAUGCUGAAGUGAAUAAAUCAAAGUACAAAUGCAGACAACAUCCGGCGACGCAUACGGCUGAUUGUCCCUCAAUGAAGUCGGAUUUUGAAUAUAUGAAAGACGCGACACAGAAUUCAAACCAAAUAUCAAAGACAUCUCGCCCAUUAUAUUUCGAGUUAGCAAUUGUGGACCAAACGUCAGAGAAUGAUACAUCCUCAUACUGUUGA